GUCUUGCAUACCUCACAACAUCAAGCUUGUGUUUCUGCAAAUUUCAACUACUUCCCUCACUUCCAUAAAAUUUCCAACAAACUCACAACCACAACUUCAUCAUGGGUAAAGAGAAGUCUCACGUUAACGUCGUCGUUAUCGGCCACGUCGACUCCGGCAAGUCAACCACCACUGGACACUUGAUCUACAAGUGCGGUGGUAUCGACCAACGUACCAUCGAGAAGUUCGAGAAGGAAGCUGCCCAGCUCGGAAAGGGUUCCUUCAAGUACGCAUGGGUGCUCGACAAGCUCAAGGCCGAGCGUGAGCGUGGUAUCACCAUCGAUAUCGCUCUGUGGAAGUUCGAGACCCCGAAGUACAAUGUCACUGUCAUUGACGCCCCUGGUCACCGUGACUUCAUCAAGAACAUGAUUACUGGUACCUCCCAAGCCGACUGCGCUAUUCUCAUCAUUGCCGCUGGUACUGGUGAGUUCGAGGCUGGUAUCUCCAAGGAUGGCCAGACUCGUGAGCACGCCCUUCUCGCUUUCACCCUCGGUGUGCGACAGCUCAUUGUCGCCAUCAACAAGAUGGACACCACCAAGUGGUCCGAGUCUCGUUACCAGGAAAUCAUCAAGGAGACGUCCAACUUCAUUAAGAAGGUUGGAUACAACCCCAAGCACGUUCCAUUCGUGCCCAUCUCCGGUUUCAACGGUGACAACAUGAUUGACGCCUCCCCCAACUGCCCCUGGUACAAGGGCUGGGAGAAGGAGACCAAGUCCAAGGUCACCGGAAAGACCCUUCUCGACGCCAUCGACGCCAUCGACCCCCCUGUCCGUCCUUCCGACAAGCCUCUCCGUCUGCCCCUCCAGGAUGUAUACAAGAUUGGUGGUAUUGGCACGGUUCCCGUCGGCCGUGUUGAGACUGGUGUCAUCAAGGCUGGUAUGGUCGUGACGUUCGCCCCUGCCGGUGUCACCACCGAAGUCAAGUCCGUUGAGAUGCACCACGAGCAGCUUGUUGAGGGUACCCCCGGUGACAACGUUGGCUUCAACGUCAAGAACGUCUCCGUCAAGGAAAUUCGCCGUGGAAACGUCGCCGGUGACUCCAAGAACGACCCUCCCAAGGGUUGCGACUCUUUCAAUGCCCAGGUCAUCGUUCUCAACCACCCUGGUCAGAUCGGUGCUGGUUACGCUCCAGUGUUGGACUGCCACACUGCUCACAUUGCCUGCAAGUUCUCUGAGCUUCUCGAGAAGAUCGAUCGCCGUACCGGAAAGUCCAUCGAGAACUCUCCUAAGUUCGUCAAGUCUGGCGAUGCUGCUAUCGUCAAGAUGAUUCCGUCAAAGCCAAUGUGUGUUGAGGCUUUCACCGCCUACCCACCUCUUGGUCGUUUCGCCGUCCGUGACAUGAGACAGACCGUCGCCGUCGGUGUCAUCAAGUCCGUUGAGAAGUCUGACAAGGGCGCUGGCAAGGUCACCAAGGCCGCCCAGAAGGCCUCCAAGAAGUAAAUGCACGUCCAAUUGUUCUAUAUCCAAGGAAGAUUUCAAUGUGGCGACUCUUUUCUUCGCCUGAUGAUCGGGGAUUUCUCUUCAGGUACAUUAGUGCGGUUUGAAAGCAUUGUCUUGCAUCUUCUUCGGUUAUGGUUGAUUGGUCUAUUUCUCUGUGCAUUUCGUCUUCCCCAUCAUACCCGAUACCGACAAUACAAGGUCAUAUGGUUGUCGGCUCCCUAAAACCCUGCCCUCGUUCCAUCAUGGCGUUGCAGCCUUCACGAAGUAGUCAAAAUCUCUUUUGUUACAUACAUGACUGAUGCUAGUGGGGAUUUGCGGAGUCCUGCUGUUAUGAUGGGCUCAUAUGGAUAGAUAGGAACGUUUUCUUCUCAAAUAGCAAUGAACAGACAGAAUCGAACAUGUUGGC